AUGGAUGCAGCUCAUGAGACCCUCCUAUUUCAUACAGCAGUUCGCUGGCUAUCAAAAGGAAAUGUAGUUCAGCGUGUAUUUGAGCUCAGAGAAGAGAUCAGCCUCUUUCUCAGAAUACAGAACAAGCAAGAUUUGCUGUCAGCAUGGUCUGCAGAUAGCUUCGAAAUAUGGCUAGCCUAUCUUGUUGACAUAUUUGGACAGUUGAACACACUGAACCUUGAACUCCAAGGGAAAGGAAGCUUGAUAAUUGAUUUUGUGGACAAAUUCAAAGUUUUCAUUCGUAAGGUGGAGAAUUGGAGGCACAAAGUUGGAAUGGGAAACUUGGCAAUGCUGGAGACAGUGUCGGAAAUUGUAGAGGAGUGUGAUGCUGCUACGCAGAACUUGAUUACCCAACAUCUUGAGGCCUUGGAAGGGGAAUUUAAAAGGUACUUCCCAGAUAUCCAAAGCCUAACUUCUCGGCUAGUAAGGGCCCCCUUCACUGCUCCAGUGACAUGCAUUCCUGAUGACAAUUAUGAUGGCCAAACUGAGCUGUUGACACUUCAGGAGGAUUCAGGAGCUAAAAUGAAGUUUGAAACUGAAUCUCUCACAGUAUUUUGGUCAUCAAUGGCAACUUCAUACCCAAACUUAUGUGACUUAGCUUUUCUCCACCUCCUCCCACUUUCAUCAACUUAUUCCUGUGAGGCUGCAUUCUCUCAACGACUCCACAUUAAAACGAAAUAUCGCAACAGAAUUGAAGUGAAGUAUGACCUACGGUGUGCUUUAAGUGAAACAAAACCAAGAAUCAAAAAGCUUGCUGAUAAUCUGCAACAUCACCCUUCACACUGA